CAGCGGUACUCCAAAGAUUUCGACUUGCAGUUCCAGCCACGGUGCACGAGUUUAUUCCGUAAUUUUGUGUUCGAUAUCCUGCGCCCGGUCUCGCAGGACGAUUAGCCAAUAGCAAAAUGGUGUUCGUGAAAUCGUGGGAAGACUUUGAGAUCGCGGCAGAAAAUAUGUAUAUGGCCAACCCGUGCCAGUGCAGGUUUACAAUGAAGUAUACCCAUCAGCGAGGUGCUGUCCUGUUGAAGUUGACCGACAAUGCAAAGUGCGUGCAAUACAAAACAGAGGUCCUGUCCGAGCUGAAGCGAAUCGAAAAGUUUUCCGGCAAUCUAAUACAAAUGAUGGCAUCCAAGGAAUAGAGGGAUUUUGGAAAAUCGGCAUUUCAAACAUCAUACAUUGACAGAGUUUUCCACGAUGCAAAUGAAGCAAGGGAUUGAAAUAAACGCGAAGUUUAAUUGUUAAGUUAA